AUGGAGAUCAAGAUCCUGAUGUAUAAAUUCUUGCUGGUCUUCUGCCUGAUCCUUCUCCUCUUAAGAACUCUGUGUGAUGCCUACUGUUACUUUAGACCACCCAGGAAAUAUGGAUGCCUUUCAAAUGAAAACCUAUACGUCUUUGGUGCUACGUGGAAGACUGAAGAGUGCUACCAGUGCAGAUGCAAGAUAACUGGAAUGACCUGUUGCAGCUUAGUUUCGAUGCCCAAGAAAUAUGACAAAGUGAACUGCGUUGCUCUGUUCCACAAGAAAAGCUGCUCCAUCCGAGUAGUGAAAAGGACCAAUCCUGACAUACACUGCAAAGUCUACAAUGGAGUUGGUUAA